AUGGAGCACAUGGCGGGAGCAGAGCGGGGAGCGGCGCAGGCGACGGAUGGCGACCGACUGUCCACGUUCGAGGAGGUACUAGAACGCUGGGCGCUGUAUGACUGCAGCGCCGUGACAAACUCGCCAGGGGAUGCUGAGAUGCGGGAGUUGUUCCGCCAGUGGAGGGCGACGCGUAGCAAGCCUGCCACGGUGUCCGCCAACGUGACCCCGCAGUCGCUGGACCGCGCUUGGACUGCGUUCGUGGAGCGCUGGAACACGGAAGGUGCGGACGAGUUCAGGCGGAAGCUGGAGCAGCGCGAGGCGGACCACGCCAAUCUGUCACUCAGUGCGCUCGCAGCGCAAGCUGUGCGCGCUGUCAUGAGUACAGGCUCUCACGGCCAAGUCCUGCAGCAUGGCAGCGCUUCCUUGACGCUGCCCCUCUCUCCCCCACUGAAAACCAAGUAA